GACAGAUGAACAUGUCUCCCACCUUCAAUACCAUGGAACUAGUUGCUAAAUUUGUAAGUAAAGAUAGAAGUCCCGAUGAAGACCUUUCCCCCAAGCUCACAGUUUUUCUUCCUUCAAAUGCUGAAAUAAAUCUCCACAGGGCUGGGACAUAUCUUUGUCUUCUGGAGAAAUUUUUCCCUGAUGUUAUUAAGAUAUAUUGGAAAGAAAAGGAUGGGAAUACGAUUCUGGCAGCCCAGCAGGGAGACACGAUGAAAAUUAAAGACACCUACAUGAAGUUCAGCUGGCUAACAGUGACUGGAGAUUCAAUGGAUAAAGAGCACAGAUGUAUCGUCAGGCAUGAGAAUAAUAAAGGAGGAGUUGAUCAAGAGAUUCUCUUUCCUCCAGUAAAUGAAGUCACCAUUGUUACUCCCAGAGAACCUGAUUUGAAAAAUGUUAUCAGUACUACUGAACCUGAAGCUUGCUUGAAAGAUGAAAAUGGUUUGCUGCACCUGCAGUUCACCAGCACCUCUGCCUACUACACCUACCUCCUGCUGCUGCUCAAGAGCGCCCUUCAUGGGGCCCUUGUCAUCUACUGUCUGUGCAGGAGGUCCUCUGUCUGCUGCAAUGCAAAGAGCACCUGACAGAUGGAAGCAUGUGGGACCACAGUGUCUCCAACAUUUCUUGUCCCCAGCAGCAUCUGUUGAGGGUUUUCUGGGCUUGGUGGGCUCAGCUCCUGAAGGCCACAUGCACAUUAUCUGUCAUUAUUGCAUAAGGGUUUCCCAACCAGUAGGCAAAUUGUGUAACUUCCUGUCACAAAAAGGCGCAGGCCAUGGCACCCCAAGCCCCAUUGCAUGGCUCUCACAGCCAGCCAGGUCCCCACAGACUCGAUGUGUCAGGACCUCAGUGCUUAUGGACUGGGUCAUCACCUGGAAGCCUCCACUCUCCCCAUUCUGACAUGGCCUUCUAUGCUACUGAACUCUGUGCUUUGUUGUUUACAGUAGACACAAUAAA